GCCAUACUCAUGUACGUACGACGUACGCGCAUGUCUCACAGGUUUCUCUCUCUCACAGCCAAACAAAGUGAGUCAAUCACAUCCGCACAUUGUACGUACCGAAGCAUGCACAUCCAUCCAUCCAUCCACACAUCCGUACGUAUCGAUAUCCCCCGCCUCAUGCACUGCACUUAUCCGUGGUUGGCUUACUCACUGCGAGCCGUGCUUCUCAUGCCACUGGAAGGAAUUAACACACACACACAAACGAGACACACCCGAACUAUCGGUCUCAUCACAUCGCAUGCACGUGCACUCCACUGCGUGCCAGGAGCACUUUCAAACAAAAACACCACGCCAGUCUGCUCUUGUCUGCUCUGCGAGUGCAUCGCGAUCCACACCCACACACCGUCAGUUAGAGAACACCCGAUUCAGCUAUUUCUGAUCGUUGAGGGCAAAAACCAACCCAGGCAGGCAACUAGGCAAGACAAACACACACACCCAUACACACCCAUGACGAAUGGCUGGCUGACAUCACACCAACCAUACGCAAUUCAGGCAGGCACGCAAAUCCCGCCAAUGCGUUGAUCACCCCCCAAGGAUUCUGGGCAAAAAGGCUCGUCAAUCCACUAAGUUGACACAUGCGGAUGGCCCACAACAACAAAGACACACAACACACAACACACAACACGUUCCCCGCACAUACAGGGAUCCAUCGAUGCAUGAAUUAAUCGGGAAAUCCCCGAUUGACAAGGAAAGGGAAAAAACACGGCUGCAUGACUAAGCCAUAGCGGGCCUGUCUGACAGUGUCUGUCUAGCUGCUAUUAAGGCUCCGGUUGGGCCUGAUGCACGUCUCAGACUGGCAGAGGUUGUACUCGCAGACCGAACACCGAUGGCGCUUGCUCGUGUACUUGUGGCACUCAUUGCACUCUUUGCAGGCGUCCUUUGUUUAGACAGACACAUAGCCAAUGUACCAGCAUGACCUUUGUUUAGACAGACUGAGCGAUCGUUUGGCCAGUGUACCUUCAGGACGAGAUGGUGGCCUUCGGGGCAAGUGCGGACGAAGCCCUGGGCGGCCUCACACCGGGUGCAGACGCCCACAAAGAGGGUGUUGGGGCAAGUGACGCAGUGGUAGACGGGCUCGCCGGACGCCACGACGGUACUGCAGCCGCCGCACAUGGUGCCCGCGGCGGCCUUGGUUAGCACCAGGGUGCUAUCACACUGCGCACACACCCACCCCAUCGCGGUCUGCUGGUAGUGCUUGUACGUCUUGCCCAGCUUCCACCUCAUUUCGCCGCCUGGCUUGCAGGGCGCGGCGACCGCCUUGCCGUCGAGCAAGUGCUGGUUGCACACGGCGCACAUGUCGGAGCACAUGAUGACCAUCUCGAGCAUCACCGCCACACACCGGGCAAAGCCGAUGGAUUCCUUGCCAGCCGCCCACGCAUCGAAUUGCUCGUCCGUCAGCAUAUUGACAUCUCGGACGAGGUGGUGGCGGCACAGACUGCCGUCCUCCAGAUCGAAUAUGUCGAAGAGGUUCUUGGCUCUGCCAAACGCCAGGAUCCACGCGGUCUGCAGGCCGGGCAUUUCCAGCGGUGUUGCCUGUGUAGUGGUAGAGGCCGACCCUGCCGCUGCCGACCUCUCAGUCCACUCCACCAACGUCUGAACCGUCACCUUGUCCCAAUCUGAUGGAGCCAGCCAGCCAGCCAGCCAGACAGACAGGCAGACAGGCAGACAGACAGACAGACAGGGAGGACAAGCCGUCCAUGUGUGUCGACUGACGUGUGUCUGCCUUUCUCCCUCACCGGCGAAUUGGAAGCCCUUUUCGAUAACGCUUUCAAGGACCCAUCUCGCAAACGGCACCUCCUCUUGGUUUUGGAGCACCAAUUGAGUCCCAUAAUGGACGGCAUUGCCGCCGUGAGUGAGCAAGAAGUCGGUGACGGGGUUGAGGUCGCCGGCCAAGGCGUCCAGCCCACCGCCAGAGGCGUGCAGCAUGGCAGCCUGGGCGCCCGUACUCGCUAUCUGCGGCACCAGCCCGGGAGCCUCCUCUUCGACCGCUGCCGCUGCAUUAGCCACGAAGUUCACCACUGGCUGAGGCGGGUCAAUACCUGGGUCAAUGUCUCCCAGAGCCGGCGCCAUAAGAACCCGAACGACGUCGCUUGCUCUUGGAAGGUUGCCCGAUGACACAUCAUUGACGAUGUUGGCAGUGGAACGCAGAAGCUUGACGGCUACGUAGCCUUGCCACAGCCCUAUGCCCACGGCGAUGAAGGGCUCUGCCAUCGUCUGGCGCGGGGGAAGCCGAUAGCCGGCCGAUAGGCAGGCGGAGGCGGGAGGAGGGAAAAGACAGGCUGGCCGUUACGGGUCGUUUCUGCCGCGAGAUGGGCGCCGUCGAGGGCAAACGAGAGAUGCG